GCGCUCGGCAGGAUGGGUAUGUGUUGUGGGCUUCGUACCACCAGGAAGCUGCACAGUCACCACCGGGAUCAGAAGUGGCAUGACAAGCACUAUAAGAAGGCUCACCUGGGCACUGUUCUGAAGGCCAGCCCCUUUGGGGGAGCUUCCCAUGCCAAAGGAAUAGUCCGGGGAAAAGUUGGUGUAGAGGCUAAGCAGCCAAAUUCUGCCACCAGGAAGUGUGUCUGCCACCCGCUCAUCAAGAACGGCAUGAAAAUAACAGCUUCUGUUCCUAAUGAUGGUUGUUUGUACUUCAUUGAGGAGAACGAUGAGGUUCUGGUAGCUGGCUUUGGUCGAAAGGGUCAUGCAGUUGGUGACAUUCCUGGAGUUCGUUUCAAGGUCAUCAAAGUAGCAAAUGUUUCUCUGCUAGCCUGUUAG